AUGCUCGGCGUCAUGCACACCCUGGUGGGCACCAGCGAGCGCUACUCGCGCGGCCUGCUCGGGAAGAAGCGCGAGAUGACGCUCGGGAUCUCGAACCUCGGGCCCGUCCCCACUGCCGCUGCGCCCACGGCUCCCGCGGAAUGUGUGAGAUCGGCCUCGGGGUGGGGCAUACAGGAGAUGGUCUUCGCGCAGGCGGACGCGACGCUGGGCGCGGCGCUCAAGAUCAACGUCACCGGGACGCCUGCGGGCGGGCUGGGGAUCUCGCUGACGUGGGGGAAGGAGAGUCUGGACGCGGAGUUUGCGGAUGCACGAGUGCGAGAGGCGCAGACUUAG